AUGAAGAUUUUAAUACCAUUACUUGCCAUUAUUGUAGCCGUGAGUGCUCUUAAAGUUCCGCAAGCCAGUGAUUAUGACACGAAACACUUGAAAAUCAUCAAAGCAUGCGAAGAUCAUCAUGAAGUUUCAUCUACCGAGAAAGCUAUUUGGUGGGCUUGGAAAAUUCCCGCUAAACCCAAACGUUGUUAUUUGGCGUGUGUCAUGGCGCACUUUAAGUGGCUCGGCAGGAAUGGAAAAUUCAGACUAGGUGCCAUCAAAAAAAGUUACAAAGCUGUUGGACAUGAAAGCUCGGCUCCAACUAAAGAAUUCUUGAACAAAAACUGUGGAAAGUUGAAUAGAAUUAAGGAUCAUUGUAGCAAGACGCUUUUGUUGUAUGCUUGUUUGUUGGCAAGGUCGCCCAAUGUGCAACAUUUUAAGGAUGCCUUUGAUGGAAAACCAAAUAGUUCAUUUGGUGAAGAGUUAAACAACAAUAGCAACAACAAAAACAAUGAAGACAUAAUUAGUAAUAGCAAUAAUAAUAACGACAUAGAGAAAUUUUAUAAUGACAACAACAACGAUGAUGAUGAUAAUAAUAAUGAUAACGAAAAUGAAAACGAAAAUGAAAAUGAUAACGAAAAUGAUAAUGAUAACGACAAUAAUAAUAAUUAUAACGACAAUAAUAACGAUAACAGCAAUGAUAAAAAAAUUAACGCCGACAAUGAGAAUAAUAACGAAAACAAAAAUAAUGGUAACGGAAACAAAAAGAAUAAUAAUGGAAUUAAUAAGAAAAAUAACGGCAAUAAGAAAAAUAACGACAACAAGGAUAAUAACAACGACAAUAAUGAAAAUAACGAGAAUGAGAAUGAAAAUAACGAGAAUCAGAAUGAAAAUAAUGAGAAUAAGAACGGCAAUAAUAAGAAUAAGAACAAGAACAAUAAUAAAAAUAAAAAUAAUAAGAAAUCCAAAAAUAAGAAUAAUAAACCUGUAAUUUGAACAGGUUAAAAUAAUCAAACUUUAAAAUCUGUUAAAAGGGGUUUAUGUAAUUAAUAAAA